ACCCGCGCGCGCCCUGCAAACGUCUCCCUCCGAAACGUCUCUCGACCCACGCGCGCCCCGCAAACGUCUCCCCCCAAAACGUCUCCCGCUUGCGCGCACCUUCUCUGGACCCGCGCGCGCCCCGCAAAUGUCUCCCCCCGAAAUGUCUCCCCACCCGCGCGCGCCCCGCAAACAUCUCCCCCCGAAAUGUCUCCCGCUCGUGCGCUCCUUCUCCGGACCCGCGCGCGCCCCGCAAACGUCUCCCCCCGAAACGUCUCCCGACCCACGCGCGCCCCGCAAACGUCUUCCCUCGAAACGUCUCCCGCUCGCGCGCACCUUCUGCGGUCCCACGCGCGCCCCGCAAACGUCUCCCCCCGAAACGUCUCCCGACCCGCGCGCGCCCCGAAAAUGUCUCCCCCCGAAACGUCUCCCGCUUGCGCGCACCUUCUCCGGACCCGCGCGCGCCCUGCAAACGUCUCCCCCCGAAACGUCUCCCGACACACGCGCGCCCCGCAAACGUCUCCCGCUCGUGCGCACCUUCUCCGGACCUGCGCGCGCCCCGCAAACGUCUCCCCCUGAAACGUCUCCCGACCCACGCGCGCCGCGCAAACGUCUCCCCCCAAAAGCAAACGUCUCCCCCCAAAACGUCUCCCGCUCGCGCGCACCUUCUCCGGACCUGCGCACGCCCCGCAAACGUCUCCCCCCGAAACGUCUCCCGACCCGCGCGCGCCCCGCAAACGUCUUCCCCCGAAACGUCUCCCGUUCGCACGCACCUUUUCCGGACCCGCGCGCGCCCCGCAAACAUCUCCCGACCCGCGCGCGCCCCGCAAACGUCUACCCCCGAAACGUCUCCCUCUCGCGCGCACCUUCUCCGGACCCGCGCGCGCCCCGCAAACGUCCCCCCCGAAACGUCUCCCGACCCGCGCGCGGCCCGCAAACGUCUCCCCCCGAAAUGUCUCCCGACCCGCGCGCGCCCCGCAAACGUCUCCCCCCGGAACGUCUCGCGCUCGCGCGCACCUUCUCCGGACACGCGCACGCCCCGCAAACGUCUCCCCCCGAAACGUCUCCCAAUCCGCGCGCGCCCCGCAAACGUCUCCCCCCGAAACGUCUCACGACCCUCGCGCGCCCCGCAAACGUCUCCCUCCGAAACGUCUCCCUCCGCAAACGUCUCCCGACCCGCGCGCGCCCCGCAAACGUCUACCCCCGAAACGUCUCCCUCUCGCGCGCACCUUCUCCGGACCCGCGCGCGCCCCGCAAACGUCUCCCCUCGAAACGACUCUCGCUCGCGCGCACGUUCUCCGGUCCCGCGCGCGCCCCGCAAACGUCUCCCCCCGAAACGUCUCUCGACCCGCGCGCGCCCCGCAAACGUCACCCCCAAAAACGUCUCCCGCUCGCGCGCACCUUCUCCGGACCCGCGCGCACCCCGCAAACGUCUCCCCCCGAAACGUCUUCCAACCCGCGCGCGCCCCGCAAACAUCUCCCCCCGAAACGUCUCCCGCUCGUGCGCUCCUUCUCCGGACCCGUGCGCGCUCCGCAAACGUCUCCCCCCGAAACGUCUCCCGACCCGCGCGCGCCCCGCAAACGUCUCCCUCCGAAACGUCUCCCUCCGAAACGUCUCCCUCCGCAAACGUCUCCCGACCCGCGCGCGCCCCGCAAACGUCUACCCCCGAAACGUCUCCCUCUCGCGCGCACCUUCUCCGGACCCGCGCGCGCCCCGCAAACGUCUCCCCCCGAAACGUCUCCCGACCCGCGAGCGCCCCGCAAACGUCUCCCCCCAAAACGUCUCCCACUCGCGCGCACCUUCUCUGGACCCGCGCGCGCCCCGCAAACGUCUCCCCCCGAAACGUCUCCCGACCCGCGCGCGCCCCGCAAACGUCUCCCCCCGAAACGUCUCGCGUUCGCGCGCACCUUCUCCGGACACGCGCGCGCCCCGCAAACGUCUCCCCCCGAAACGUCUCCCGACACCGCGCGCGCCCCGCAAACGUCUCCCCCCGAAACGUCUCCCGUUCGCACGCACCUUCUCCGGACCCGCGCGCGCCCCGCAAACGUCUCCCCCCGAAACGUCUCCCGACUCGCGAGCGCCCCGCAAACAUCUCCCCCCGAAACACCCGCGCACGCCCUGCAAACGUCUCACCCCGAAACGUCUCCCGACCCGCGCGCGCCCCGCAAACAUCUCCCCCCGAAACGUCUCCCGCUCGUGCGCUCCUUCUCCGGACCCGUGCGCGCCCCGCAAACGUCCCCCCCCGAAACGUCUCCCGACCCGCGCGCGCCCUGCAGACGUCUCCCUCCGAAACGUCUCCCUCCGCAAACGUCUCCCGACCCGCGCGCGCCCCGCAAACGUCUCCCCCCGAAACGUCUCCCGCUCGUGCGCACCUUCUUCUCCGGACCCGCGCGCGCCCCGCAAACGUCUCCCACCGAAACGUCUCCCGACCCUCACGCGCCCGGCAAACGUCUCCCCCCAAAACGUCUCCCGCUCGCGCGCACCUUCUCCGGACCCGCUCGCGCCCCGCAAACGUCUCCCCCCAAAACGUCUCCCGACCCGCGCACGCCCAGCAAACGUCUCCCCUCGAAACGUCUCCCGCUCGCGCGCACCUUCUCCGGACACGCGCGCCCCCUGCAAGCGUCUCCCCCCCAAACGUCUCCCGACCCGCGCGUGCCUCGCAAACGUCUCCCCCCAAAACGUCUCCCGCUCGCGCGCACCUUCUCCGGACCCGCGCGCGCCCCGCAAACGUCUCCCCCCGAAACGUCUCGCGACCCGCGCGCGCCCCGCAAACGUUUCCCCCCGAAACGUCUCCCGCUCGCGCGCACCUUCUCCGGACCCGCGCGCGCCCCGCAAACGUCUCCCCCCGAAACGUCUCUCGACCCGCGCGCGCCCCGCAAACGUCUCCGCCAAAAACGUCUCCCGCUCGCGCGCACCUUCUCCGGACCCGCGCGCGCCCCGCAAACGUCUCCCCCCGAAACGUCUCUCGACCCGAGCGCGCCCCGCAAACGUCUCCCCCUGAAACACGUCUCCCUCCGAAACGUCUCCCUCCGCAAACGUCUCCCGACCCGCGCGCGCCCCUCAAACGUCUCCCCCCGAAACGUCUCCCGACCCGCGCGCGCCCCGCAAACGUCCCCCCCCGAAACAUCUCCCACUCGCGCGCACCUUCUCUGGACCCGCGCGCGCCCCGCAAACGUCUGCCCCGGAAACGUCUCCCGACACGCGCGCGCCCCGCAAACGUCUCCCCCCGAAACGUCUCCCGCUCGCGCGCACCUUCUCUGGACCCGCGCGCGCCCCGCAAACGUCUGCCCCCGAAACGUCUCCCGACCCGCACGCGCCCCGCAAACGUCUGCCCCCGAAACGUCUCCCGACCCGCGCGCGCCCCGCAAACGUCUACCCCCGAAACGUCUCCCGCUCGCGCGCACCUUCUCCGGACCCGCGCGCGCCCCGCAAACGUCUGCCCCCGAAACGUCUCCCGACCCGCGCGCGCCCCGCAAACGUCUCCCCCCGAAACGUCUCCCGCUCGCGCGCACCUUCUCCGGACCCGCGCGCGCCCCGCAAACGUCUCCCCCCGAAACGUCUCCCGACCCGCGCGCGCCCCGAAAACGUCUCCCCCCGAAACGUCUCCCGCUCGCGCGCACCUUCUCCGGACCCGCGCGCGCCCCGCAAACGUCUCCCCCCGAAACGUCUCCCGACCCUCGCGCGCCCCGCAAACGUCUCCCCCCGAAACGUCUCCCGCUCGCGCGCUCCUUCUCCGGACCCGCGCGCGCCCCGCAAACGUCUCCCCCCGAAACGUCUCCCGACCCGCGCGCGCCCCGCAAACGUCUCCCCCCGAAACGUCUCCCGCUCGCGCGCACCUUCUCCGGACCCGCGCGCGCCCCGCAAACGUCUCCCCCCGAAACGUCUCCCGACCCUCGCGCGCCCCGCAAACGUCUCCCCCCGAAACGUCUCCCGCUCGCGCGCUCCUUCUCCGGACCCGCUCGCGCCCCGCAAACGUCUCCCCCCGAAACGUCUCCCGACCCCGCGCGCGCCCCGCAAACGUCUCCCCCCGAAACGUCUCCCGCUCGCGCGCUCCUUCUCCGGACCCGCGCGCGCCCCGCAAACGUCUCCCCCCGAAACGUCUCCCGACCCCGCGCGCGCCCCGCAAACGUCUCCCCCCGAAACGUCUCCCGCUCGCGCGCUCCUUCACCGGACCCGCGCGCGCCCCGCAAACGUCUCCCCCCGAAACGUCUCCCGACCCGCGCGCGCCCCGCAAACGUCUCCCCCCGAAACGUCUCCCGCUCGCGCGCUCCUUCACCGGACCCGCGCGCGCCCCGCAAACGUCUCCCCCCGAAACGUCUCCCGACCCGCGCGCGCCCCGCAAACGUCUCCCCCCGAAACGUCUCCCGCUCGCGCGCUCCUUCACCGGACCCGCGCGCGCCCCGCAAACGUCUCCCCCCGAAACGUCUCCCGACCCGCGCGCGCCCCGCAAACGUCUCCCCCCGAAACGUCUCCCGCUCGCGCGCUCCUUCACCGGACCCGCGCGCGCCCCGCAAACGUCUCCCCCCGAAACGUCUCCCGACCCGCGCGCGCCCCGCAAACGUCUCCCCCCGAAACGUCUCCCGCUCGCGCGCUCCUUCACCGGACCCGCGCGCGCCCCGCAAACGUCUCCCCCCGAAACGUCUCCCGACCCGCGCGCGCCCCGCAAACGUCUCCCCCCGAAACGUCUCCCGCUCGCGCGCUCCUUCAGCGGACCCGCGCGCGCCCCGCAAACGUCUCCCCCCGAAACGUCUCCCGACCCGCGCGCGCCCCGCAAACGUCUCCCCCCGAAACGUCUCCCGCUCGCGCGCUCCUUCAGCGGACCCGCGCGCGCCCCGCAAACGUCUCCCCCCGAAACGUCUCCCGACCCGCGCGCGCCCCGCAAACGUCUCCCCCCGAAACGUCUCCCGCUCGCGCGCUCCUUCAGCGGACCCGCGCGCGCCCCGCAAACGUCUCCCCCCGAAACGUCUCCCGACCCGCGCGCGCCCCGCAAACGUCUCCCCCCGAAACGUCUCCCGCUCGCGCGCUCCUUCUGCGGACCCGCGCGCGCCCCGCAAACGUCUCCCCCCGAAACGUCUCCCGACCCGCGCGCGCCCCGCAAACGUCUCCCCCCGAAACGUCUCCCGCUCGCGCGCUCCUUCUGCGGACCCGCGCGCGCCCCGCAAACGUCUCCCCCCGAAACGUCUCCCGACCCGCGCGCGCCCCGCAAACGUCUCCCCCCGAAACGUCUCCCGCUCGCGCGCUCCUUCUGCGGACCCGCGCGCGCCCCGCAAACGUCUCCCCCCGAAACGUCUCCCGACCCGCGCGCGCCCCGCAAACGUCUCCCCCCGAAACGUCUCCCGCUCGCGCGCUCCUUCUGCGGACCCCGCGCGCGCCCCGCAAACGUCUCCCCCCGAAACGUCUCCCGACCCGCGCGCGCCCCGCAAACGUCUCCCCCCGAAACGUCUCCCGCUCGCGCGCUCCUUCUGCGGACCCGCGCGCGCCCCGCAAACGUCUCCCCCCGAAACGUCUCCCGACCCGCGCGCGCCCCGCAAACGUCUCCCCCCGAAACGUCUCCCGCUCGCGCGCUCCUUCUGCGGACCCGCGCGCGCCCCGCAAACGUCUCCCCCCGAAACGUCUCCCGACCCGCGCGCGCCCCGCAAACGUCUCCCCCCGAAACGUCUCCCGCUCGCGCGCUCCUUCUGCGGACCCGCGCGCGCCCCGCAAACGUCUCCCCCCGAAACGUCUCCCGACCCGCGCGCGCCCCGCAAACGUCUCCCCCCGAAACGUCUCCCGCUCGCGCGCUCCUUCUGCGGACCCGCGCGCGCCCCGCAAACGUCUCCCCCCGAAACGUCUCCCGACCCGCGCGCGCCCCGCAAACGUCUCCCCCCGAAACGUCUCCCGCUCGCGCGCUCCUUCUGCGGACCCGCGCGCGCCCCGCAAACGUCUCCCCCCGAAACGUCUCCCGACCCGCGCGCGCCCCGCAAACGUCUCCCCCCGAAACGUCUCCCGCUCGCGCGCUCCUUCUGCGGACCCGCGCGCGCCCCGCAAACGUCUCCCCCCGAAACGUCUCCCGACCCGCGCGCGCCCCGCAAACGUCUCCCCCCGAAACGUCUCCCGCUCGCGCGCUCCUUCUGCGGACCCGCGCGCGCCCCGCAAACGUCUCCCCCCGAAACGUCUCCCGACCCGCGCGCGCCCCGCAAACGUCUCCCCCCGAAACGUCUCCCGCUCGCGCGCUCCUUCUGCGGACCCGCGCGCGCCCCGCAAACGUCUCCCCCCGAAACGUCUCCCGACCCGCGCGCGCCCCGCAAACGUCUCCCCCCGAAACGUCUCCCGCUCGCGCGCUCCUUCUGCGGACCCGCGCGCGCCCCGCAAACGUCUCCCCCCGAAACGUCUCCCGACCCGCGCGCGCCCCGCAAACGUCUCCCCCCGAAACGUCUCCCGCUCGCGCGCUCCUUCUGCGGACCCGCGCGCGCCCCGCAAACGUCUCCCCCCCGAAACGUCUCCCGACCCGCGCGCGCCCCGCAAACGUCUCCCCCCGAAACGUCUCCCGCUCGCGCGCUCCUUCUGCGGACCCGCGCGCGCCCCGCAAACGUCUCCCCCCGAAACGUCUCCCGACCCGCGCGCGCCCCGCAAACGUCUCCCCCCGAAACGUCUCCCGCUCGCGCGCUCCUUCUGCGGACCCGCGCGCGCCCCGCAAACGUCUCCCCCCGAAACGUCUCCCGACCCGCGCGCGCCCCGCAAACGUCUCCCCCCGAAACGUCUCCCGCUCGCGCGCUCCUUCUGCGGACCCGCGCGCGCCCCGCAAACGUCUCCCCCCGAAACGUCUCCCGACCCGCGCGCGCCCCGCAAACGUCUCCCCCCGAAACGUCUCCCGCUCGCGCGCUCCUUCUGCGGACCCGCGCGCGCCCCGCAAACGUCUCCCCCCGAAACGUCUCCCGACCCGCGCGCGCCCCGCAAACGUCUCCCCCCGAAACGUCUCCCGCUCGCGCGCUCCUUCUGCGGACCCGCGCGCGCCCCGCAAACGUCUCCCCCCGAAACGUCUCCCGACCCGCGCGCGCCCCGCAAACGUCUCCCCCCGAAACGUCUCCCGCUCGCGCGCUCCUUCUGCGGACCCGCGCGCGCCCCGCAAACGUCUCCCCCCGAAACGUCUCCCGACCCGCGCGCGCCCCGCAAACGUCUCCCCCCGAAACGUCUCCCGCUCGCGCGCUCCUUCUGCGGACCCGCGCGCGCCCCGCAAACGUCUCCCCCCGAAACGUCUCCCGACCCGCGCGCGCCCCGCAAACGUCUCCCCCCGAAACGUCUCCCGCUCGCGCGCUCCUUCUGCGGACCCGCGCGCGCCCCGCAAACGUCUCCCCCCGAAACGUCUCCCGACCCGCGCGCGCCCCGCAAACGUCUCCCCCCGAAACGUCUCCCGCUCGCGCGCUCCUUCUGCGGACCCGCGCGCGCCCCGCAAACGUCUCCCCCCGAAACGUCUCCCGACCCGCGCGCGCCCCGCAAACGUCUCCCCCCGAAACGUCUCCCGCUCGCGCGCUCCUUCUGCGGACCCGCGCGCGCCCCGCAAACGUCUCCCCCCGAAACGUCUCCCGACCCGCGCGCGCCCCGCAAACGUCUCCCCCCGAAACGUCUCCCGCUCGCGCGCUCCUUCUGCGGACCCGCGCGCGCCCCGCAAACGUCUCCCCCCGAAACGUCUCCCGACCCGCGCGCGCCCCGCAAACGUCUCCCCCCGAAACGUCUCCCGCUCGCGCGCUCCUUCUGCGGACCCGCGCGCGCCCCGCAAACGUCUCCCCCCGAAACGUCUCCCGACCCGCGCGCGCCCCGCAAACGUCUCCCCCCGAAACGUCUCCCGCUCGCGCGCUCCUUCUGCGGACCCGCGCGCGCCCCGCAAACGUCUCCCCCCGAAACGUCUCCCGACCCGCGCGCGCCCCGCAAACGUCUCCCCCCGAAACGUCUCCCGCUCGCGCGCUCCUUCUGCGGACCCGCGCGCGCCCCGCAAACGUCUCCCCCCGAAACGUCUCCCGACCCGCGCGCGCCCCGCAAACGUCUCCCCCCGAAACGUCUCCCGCUCGCGCGCUCCUUCUGCGGACCCGCGCGCGCCCCGCAAACGUCUCCCCCCGAAACGUCUCCCGACCCGCGCGCGCCCCGCAAACGUCUCCCCCCGAAACGUCUCCCGCUCGCGCGCUCCUUCUGCGGACCCGCGCGCGCCCCGCAAACGUCUCCCCCCGAAACGUCUCCCGACCCGCGCGCGCCCCGCAAACGUCUCCCCCCGAAACGUCUCCCGCUCGCGCGCUCCUUCUGCGGACCCGCGCGCGCCCCGCAAACGUCUCCCCCCGAAACGUCUCCCGACCCGCGCGCGCCCCGCAAACGUCUCCCCCCGAAACGUCUCCCGCUCGCGCGCUCCUUCUGCGGACCCGCGCGCGCCCCGCAAACGUCUCCCCCCGAAACGUCUCCCGACCCGCGCGCGCCCCGCAAACGUCUCCCCCCGAAACGUCUCCCGCUCGCGCGCUCCUUCUGCGGACCCGCGCGCGCCCCGCAAACGUCUCCCCCCGAAACGUCUCCCGACCCGCGCGCGCCCCGCAAACGUCUCCCCCCGAAACGUCUCCCGCUCGCGCGCUCCUUCUGCGGACCCGCGCGCGCCCCGCAAACGUCUCCCCCCGAAACGUCUCCCGACCCGCGCGCGCCCCGCAAACGUCUCCCCCCGAAACGUCUCCCGCUCGCGCGCUCCUUCUGCGGACCCGCGCGCGCCCCGCAAACGUCUCCCCCCGAAACGUCUCCCGACCCGCGCGCGCCCCGCAAACGUCUCCCCCCGAAACGUCUCCCGCUCGCGCGCUCCUUCUGCGGACCCGCGCGCGCCCCGCAAACGUCUCCCCCCGAAACGUCUCCCGACCCGCGCGCGCCCCGCAAACGUCUCCCCCCGAAACGUCUCCCGCUCGCGCGCUCCUUCUGCGGACCCGCGCGCGCCCCGCAAACGUCUCCCCCCGAAACGUCUCCCGACCCGCGCGCGCCCCGCAAACGUCUCCCCCCGAAACGUCUCCCGCUCGCGCGCUCCUUCUGCGGACCCGCGCGCGCCCCGCAAACGUCUCCCCCCGAAACGUCUCCCGACCCGCGCGCGCCCCGCAAACGUCUCCCCCCGAAACGUCUCCCGCUCGCGCGCUCCUUCUGCGGACCCGCGCGCGCCCCGCAAACGUCUCCCCCCGAAACGUCUCCCGACCCGCGCGCGCCCCGCAAACGUCUCCCCCCGAAACGUCUCCCGCUCGCGCGCUCCUUCUGCGGACCCGCGCGCGCCCCGCAAACGUCUCCCCCCGAAACGUCUCCCGACCCGCGCGCGCCCCGCAAACGUCUCCCCCCGAAACGUCUCCCGCUCGCGCGCUCCUUCUGCGGACCCGCGCGCGCCCCGCAAACGUCUCCCCCCGAAACGUCUCCCGACCCGCGCGCGCCCCGCAAACGUCUCCCCCCGAAACGUCUCCCGCUCGCGCGCUCCUUCUGCGGACCCGCGCGCGCCCCGCAAACGUCUCCCCCCGAAACGUCUCCCGACCCCGCGCGCGCCCCGCAAACGUCUCCCCCCGAAACGUCUCCCGCUCGCGCGCUCCUUCUGCGGACCCGCGCGCGCCCCGCAAACGUCUCCCCCCGAAACGUCUCCCGACCCGCGCGCGCCCCGCAAACGUCUCCCCCCGAAACGUCUCCCGCUCGCGCGCUCCUUCUGCGGACCCGCGCGCGCCCCGCAAACGUCUCCCCCCGAAACGUCUCCCGACCCGCGCGCGCCCCGCAAACGUCUCCCCCCGAAACGUCUCCCGCUCGCGCGCUCCUUCUGCGGACCCGCGCGCGCCCCGCAAACGUCUCCCCCCGAAACGUCUCCCGACCCGCGCGCGCCCCGCAAACGUCUCCCCCCGAAACGUCUCCCGCUCGCGCGCUCCUUCUGCGGACCCGCGCGCGCCCCGCAAACGUCUCCCCCCGAAACGUCUCCCGACCCGCGCGCGCCCCGCAAACGUCUCCCCCCGAAACGUCUCCCGCUCGCGCGCUCCUUCUGCGGACCCGCGCGCGCCCCGCAAACGUCUCCCCCCGAAACGUCUCCCGACCCGCGCGCGCCCCGCAAACGUCUCCCCCCGAAACGUCUCCCGCUCGCGCGCUCCUUCUGCGGACCCGCGCGCGCCCCGCAAACGUCUCCCCCCGAAACGUCUCCCGACCCGCGCGCGCCCCGCAAACGUCUCCCCCCGAAACGUCUCCCGCUCGCGCGCUCCUUCUGCGGACCCGCGCGCGCCCCGCAAACGUCUCCCCCCGAAACGUCUCCCGACCCGCGCGCGCCCCGCAAACGUCUCCCCCCGAAACGUCUCCCGCUCGCGCGCUCCUUCUGCGGACCCGCGCGCGCCCCGCAAACGUCUCCCCCCCGAAACGUCUCCCGACCCGCGCGCGCCCCGCAAACGUCUCCCCCCGAAACGUCUCCCGCUCGCGCGCUCCUUCUGCGGACCCCGCGCGCGCCCCGCAAACGUCUCCCCCCGAAACGUCUCCCGACCCGCGCGCGCCCCGCAAACGUCUCCCCCCGAAACGUCUCCCGCUCGCGCGCUCCUUCUGCGGACCCGCGCGCGCCCCGCAAACGUCUCCCCCCGAAACGUCUCCCGACCCGCGCGCGCCCCGCAAACGUCUCCCCCCGAAACGUCUCCCGCUCGCGCGCUCCUUCUGCGGACCCGCGCGCGCCCCGCAAACGUCUCCCCCCGAAACGUCUCCCGACCCGCGCGCGCCCCGCAAACGUCUCCCCCCGAAACGUCUCCCGCUCGCGCGCUCCUUCUGCGGACCCGCGCGCGCCCCGCAAACGUCUCCCCCCGAAACGUCUCCCGACCCGCGCGCGCCCCGCAAACGUCUCCCCCCGAAACGUCUCCCGCUCGCGCGCUCCUUCUGCGGACCCGCGCGCGCCCCGCAAACGUCUCCCCCCGAAACGUCUCCCGACCCGCGCGCGCCCCGCAAACGUCUCCCCCCGAAACGUCUCCCGCUCGCGCGCUCCUUCUGCGGACCCCGCGCGCGCCCCGCAAACGUCUCCCCCCGAAACGUCUCCCGACCCGCGCGCGCCCCGCAAACGUCUCCCCCCGAAACGUCUCCCGCUCGCGCGCUCCUUCUGCGGACCCGCGCGCGCCCCGCAAACGUCUCCCCCCGAAACGUCUCCCGACCCCGCGCGCGCCCCGCAAACGUCUCCCCCCGAAACGUCUCCCGCUCGCGCGCUCCUUCUGCGGACCCGCGCGCGCCCCGCAAACGUCUCCCCCCGAAACGUCUCCCGACCCGCGCGCGCCCCGCAAACGUCUCCCCCCGAAACGUCUCCCGCUCGCGCGCUCCUUCUGCGGACCCGCGCGCGCCCCGCAAACGUCUCCCCCCGAAACGUCUCCCGACCCGCGCGCGCCCCGCAAACGUCUCCCCCCGAAACGUCUCCCGCUCGCGCGCUCCUUCUCCGGACCCGCGCGCGCCCCGCAAACGUCUCCCCCCGAAACGUCUCCCGACCCGCGCGCGCCCCGCAAACGUCUCCCCCCGAAACGUCUCCCGCUCGCGCGCUCCUUCUGCGGACCCGCGCGCGCCCCGCAAACGUCUCCCCCCGAAACGUCUCCCGACCCGCGCGCGCCCCGCAAACGUCUCCCCCCGAAACGUCUCCCGCUCGCGCGCUCCUUCUGCGGACCCGCGCGCGCCCCGCAAACGUCUCCCCCCGAAACGUCUCCCGACCCGCGCGCGCCCCGCAAACGUCUCCCCCCGAAACGUCUCCCGCUCGCGCGCUCCUUCUGCGGACCCGCGCGCGCCCCGCAAACGUCUCCCCCCGAAACGUCUCCCGACCCGCGCGCGCCCCGCAAACGUCUCCCCCCGAAACGUCUCCCGCUCGCGCGCUCCUUCUGCGGACCCGCGCGCGCCCCGCAAACGUCUCCCCCCGAAACGUCUCCCGACCCGCGCGCGCCCCGCAAACGUCUCCCCCCGAAACGUCUCCCGCUCGCGCGCUCCUUCUCCGGACCCGCGCGCGCCCCGCAAACGUCUCCCCCCGAAACGUCUCCCGACCCGCGCGCGCCCCGCAAACGUCUCCCCCCGAAACGUCUCCCGCUCGCGCGCUCCUUCUCCGGACCCGCGCGCGCCCCGCAAACGUCUCCCCCCGAAACGUCUCCCGACCCGCGCGCGCCCCGCAAACGUCUCCCCCCGAAACGUCUCCCGCUCGCGCGCUCCUUCUCCGGACCCGCGCGCGCCCCGCAAACGUCUCCCCCCGAAACGUCUCCCGACCCGCGCGCGCCCCGCAAACGUCUCCCCCCGAAACGUCUCCCGCUCGCGCGCUCCUUCUCCGGACCCGCGCGCGCCCCGCAAACGUCUCCCCCCGAAACGUCUCCCGACCCGCGCGCGCCCCGCAAACGUCUCCCCCCGAAACGUCUCCCGCUCGCGCGCUCCUUCUCCGGACCCGCGCGCGCCCCGCAAACGUCUCCCCCCGAAACGUCUCCCGACCCGCGCGCGCCCCGCAAACGUCUCCCCCCGAAACGUCUCCCGCUCGCGCGCUCCUUCUCCGGACCCGCGCGCGCCCCGCAAACGUCUCCCCCCGAAACGUCUCCCGACCCGCGCGCGCCCCGCAAACGUCUCCCCCCGAAACGUCUCCCGCUCGCGCGCUCCUUCUCCGGACCCGCGCGCGCCCCGCAAACGUCUCCCCCCGAAACGUCUCCCGACCCGCGCGCGCCCCGCAAACGUCUCCCCCCGAAACGUCUCCCGCUCGCGCGCUCCUUCUCCGGACCCGCGCGCGCCCCGCAAACGUCUCCCCCCGAAACGUCUCCCGACCCGCGCGCGCCCCGCAAACGUCUCCCCCCGAAACGUCUCCCGCUCGCGCGCUCCUUCUCCGGACCCGCGCGCGCCCCGCAAACGUCUCCCCCCGAAACGUCUCCCGACCCGCGCGCGCCCCGCAAACGUCUCCCCCCGAAACGUCUCCCGCUCGCGCGCUCCUUCUCCGGACCCGCGCGCGCCCCGCAAACGUCUCCCCCCGAAACGUCUCCCGACCCGCGCGCGCCCCGCAAACGUCUCCCCCCGAAACGUCUCCCGCUCGCGCGCUCCUUCUCCGGACCCGCGCGCGCCCCGCAAACGUCUCCCCCCGAAACGUCUCCCGACCCGCGCGCGCCCCGCAAACGUCUCCCCCCGAAACGUCUCCCGCUCGCGCGCUCCUUCUCCGGACCCGCGCGCGCCCCGCAAACGUCUCCCCCCGAAACGUCUCCCGACCCGCGCGCGCCCCGCAAACGUCUCCCCCCGAAACGUCUCCCGCUCGCGCGCUCCUUCUCCGGACCCGCGCGCGCCCCGCAAACGUCUCCCCCCGAAACGUCUCCCGACCCGCGCGCGCCCCGCAAACGUCUCCCCCCGAAACGUCUCCCGCUCGCGCGCUCCUUCUCCGGACCCGCGCGCGCCCCGCAAACGUCUCCCCCCGAAACGUCUCCCGACCCGCGCGCGCCCCGCAAACGUCUCCCCCCGAAACGUCUCCCGCUCGCGCGCUCCUUCUCCGGACCCGCGCGCGCCCCGCAAACGUCUCCCCCCGAAACGUCUCCCGACCCGCGCGCGCCCCGCAAACGUCUCCCCCCGAAACGUCUCCCGCUCGCGCGCUCCUUCUCCGGACCCGCGCGCGCCCCGCAAACGUCUCCCCCCGAAACGUCUCCCGACCCGCGCGCGCCCCGCAAACGUCUCCCCCCGAAACGUCUCCCGCUCGCGCGCUCCUUCUCCGGACCCGCGCGCGCCCCGCAAACGUCUCCCCCCGAAACGUCUCCCGACCCGCGCGCGCCCCGCAAACGUCUCCCCCCGAAACGUCUCCCGCUCGCGCGCUCCUUCUCCGGACCCGCGCGCGCCCCGCAAACGUCUCCCCCCGAAACGUCUCCCGACCCGCGCGCGCCCCGCAAACGUCUCCCCCCGAAACGUCUCCCGCUCGCGCGCUCCUUCUCCGGACCCGCGCGCGCCCCGCAAACGUCUCCCCCCGAAACGUCUCCCGACCCGCGCGCGCCCCGCAAACGUCUCCCCCCGAAACGUCUCCCGCUCGCGCGCUCCUUCUCCGGACCCGCGCGCGCCCCGCAAACGUCUCCCCCCGAAACGUCUCCCGACCCGCGCGCGCCCCGCAAACGUCUCCCCCCGAAACGUCUCCCGCUCGCGCGCUCCUUCUCCGGACCCGCGCGCGCCCCGCAAACGUCUCCCCCCGAAACGUCUCCCGACCCGCGCGCGCCCCGCAAACGUCUCCCCCCGAAACGUCUCCCGCUCGCGCGCUCCUUCUCCGGACCCGCGCGCGCCCCGCAAACGUCUCCCCCCGAAACGUCUCCCGACCCGCGCGCGCCCCGCAAACGUCUCCCCCCGAAACGUCUCCCGCUCGCGCGCUCCUUCUCCGGACCCGCGCGCGCCCCGCAAACGUCUCCCCCCGAAACGUCUCCCGACCCGCGCGCGCCCCGCAAACGUCUCCCCCCGAAACGUCUCCCGCUCGCGCGCUCCUUCUCCGGACCCGCGCGCGCCCCGCAAACGUCUCCCCCCGAAACGUCUCCCGACCCGCGCGCGCCCCGCAAACGUCUCCCCCCGAAACGUCUCCCGCUCGCGCGCUCCUUCUCCGGACCCGCGCGCGCCCCGCAAACGUCUCCCCCCGAAACGUCUCCCGACCCGCGCGCGCCCCGCAAACGUCUCCCCCCGAAACGUCUCCCGCUCGCGCGCUCCUUCUCCGGACCCGCGCGCGCCCCGCAAACGUCUCCCCCCGAAACGUCUCCCGACCCGCGCGCGCCCCGCAAACGUCUCCCCCCGAAACGUCUCCCGCUCGCGCGCUCCUUCUCCGGACCCGCGCGCGCCCCGCAAACGUCUCCCCCCGAAACGUCUCCCGACCCGCGCGCGCCCCGCAAACGUCUCCCCCCGAAACGUCUCCCGCUCGCGCGCUCCUUCUCCGGACCCGCGCGCGCCCCGCAAACGUCUCCCCCCGAAACGUCUCCCGACCCGCGCGCGCCCCGCAAACGUCUCCCCCCGAAACGUCUCCCGCUCGCGCGCUCCUUCUCCGGACCCGCGCGCGCCCCGCAAACGUCUCCCCCCGAAACGUCUCCCGACCCGCGCGCGCCCCGCAAACGUCUCCCCCCGAAACGUCUCCCGCUCGCGCGCUCCUUCUCCGGACCCGCGCGCGCCCCGCAAACGUCUCCCCCCGAAACGUCUCCCGACCCGCGCGCGCCCCGCAAACGUCUCCCCCCGAAACGUCUCCCGCUCGCGCGCUCCUUCUCCGGACCCGCGCGCGCCCCGCAAACGUCUCCCCCCGAAACGUCUCCCGACCCGCGCGCGCCCCGCAAACGUCUCCCCCCGAAACGUCUCCCGCUCGCGCGCUCCUUCUCCGGACCCGCGCGCGCCCCGCAAACGUCUCCCCCCGAAACGUCUCCCGACCCGCGCGCGCCCCGCAAACGUCUCCCCCCGAAACGUCUCCCGCUCGCGCGCUCCUUCUCCGGACCCGCGCGCGCCCCGCAAACGUCUCCCCCCGAAACGUCUCCCGACCCGCGCGCGCCCCGCAAACGUCUCCCCCCGAAACGUCUCCCGCUCGCGCGCUCCUUCUCCGGACCCGCGCGCGCCCCGCAAACGUCUCCCCCCGAAACGUCUCCCGACCCGCGCGCGCCCCGCAAACGUCUCCCCCCGAAACGUCUCCCGCUCGCGCGCUCCUUCUCCGGACCCGCGCGCGCCCCGCAAACGUCUCCCCCCGAAACGUCUCCCGACCCGCGCGCGCCCCGCAAACGUCUCCCCCCGAAACGUCUCCCGCUCGCGCGCUCCUUCUCCGGACCCGCGCGCGCCCCGCAAACGUCUCCCCCCGAAACGUCUCCCGACCCGCGCGCGCCCCGCAAACGUCUCCCCCCGAAACGUCUCCCGCUCGCGCGCUCCUUCUCCGGACCCGCGCGCGCCCCGCAAACGUCUCCCCCCGAAACGUCUCCCGACCCGCGCGCGCCCCGAAAACGUCUCCCCCCGAAACGUCUCCCGCUCGCGCGCACCUUCUCCGGACCCGCGCGCGCCCCUCAAACGUCUCCCCCCGAAACGUCUCCCGACCCGCGCGCGCCCCGCAAACGUCUCCCCUCGAAACGUCUCCCGCUCGCGCGCACCUUCUCCGGACCCGCGCGCGCCCCGCAAACGUCUCCCCCCGAAACGUCUCCCGACCCGCGCGCGCCCCGAAAACGUCUCCCCUCGAAACGUCUCCCGCUCGCGCGCACCUUCUCCGGACCCGCGCGCGCCCCGCAAACGUCUCCCCCCGAAACGUCUCCCGACCCGCGCGCGCCCCGCAAACGUCUCCCCCCGAAACGUCUCCCGCUCGCGCGCACCUUCUCCGGACCCGCGCGCGCCCCGCAAACGUCUCCCCCCGAAACGUCUCCCGACCCGCGCGCGCCCCGCAAACGUCUCCCCUCGAAACGUCUCCCGCUCGCGCGCACCUUCUCCGGUCCCGCGCGCGCCCCGCAAACGUCUCCCCUCGAAACGUCUCCCGCUCGCGCGCACCUUCUCCGGACCCGCGCGCGCCCCGCAAACGUCUCCCCCCGAAACGUCUCCCGACCCGCGCGCGCCCCGAAAACGUCUCCCCUCGAAACGUCUCCCGCUCGCGCGCACCUUCUCCGGACCCGCGCGCGCCCCUCAAACGUCUCCCCCCGAAACGUCUCUAGAUUAUACCAUUUUCCACACCUACAACAAGUGGCUCUAUUUCGUUCCAUGUCGUUUGCAAGAUUUGAGCGCCCGAACUCUGCCUGGUUCGCCCAUUAUAGGUGCGCAUACUGCCCGGACUGCCCAACGCAUCACUUUGACUGGUCCACUGCGUUGGAUGCCCCAUUUUUUUCGCUAGUCCUCUAG